UCUCCCCCUUUUACUGUUGAUGAUGUCAUCAAAAAUUGGGGUCAAAAUUGAUGACAUCAUCAAUUACUAAUAUGACAUCAUCAGCUCUUACACAACUUCCUGUAGACUUCACUAGUUUGAAAGAUAUCAAAUGUGGUUGAGUAAAUAUUUCACGGACAUCAAGCUGUUUAUACUUCAGAAUGAUUCGUAAGGGAGUUAAUCUUGCAGAAGAGCUGAGAAAAUGGCGUCUGUGUGAUGAUGAUGAUGAGCUUAGUGAAGUUGAGCCUGAUGCUGUUCCCAGUGAGGUCCGGGAUUGGUUAGCACUCACAUUUACACGCUCCAUGAGCAACAUCAAACGGCGUGGUGAAGACAAACCCAAGUUCCGCAGCGUGGCACAUGCAAUUCGAGCUGGAAUUAUGGUUGAUAGGAUUUAUCGUCGCCUGUCCAGUUCAGCUGGUCUCCAUGUCCCCCCACAUGUCCUACAGCUGUUAAAGCAACUUGAUGAUUGGUCCUUUGAUGUGUUUGCUGUUAAUACUGCCGCAGACGGACAUGCCUUGAAAUUUGUGGGAAAUGAACUUUUGCAAAAAUAUGAUUUGAUAUCAAAGUUUAAAAUCAGCACAAGUGUGUUAGAUUCCUUCCUGUUGGCAAUAGAGCAGGGUUAUAGCAAAUACAAGAACCCCUACCACAACCUCCUUCAUGGGGCAGAUGUUGCACAAACUGUGCAUUUUGUCCUAUCACAGAGCAAACUAGCAGACUGGUUGACAGACUUGGAAGUGUUUGCUACAAUCAUAGCUGCAUUAAUACAUGACUAUGAACACACAGGAACAACCAAUAAUUUUCACAUAAUGACAGGGUCCGAAGUCGCAAUAUUAUACAAUGACAGAGCUGUGUUAGAGAAUCACCAUAUCAGUGCCUCCUUCAGAAUGAUGAAAACCGAUGAAUGCAAUAUUGUAGCAAACCUCAGUCGAGAGGAGUUCAGGGAGUUCCGAAAUCUGGUAAUAGACAUGGUGCUGGCCACGGACAUGUCUUUCCAUUUUCAACAGAUCAAGAACAUGAAGAAUCUGAUGGCAAUGCCUGAAAAUAUUGACAAAUCCAAAGCGUUAUCACUCGUCCUACACUGUGCAGACAUAAGUCAUCCAGCCAAAGAUUGGUCAAUACAUCAGCGCUGGACCGAACUCCUACUGGAGGAGUUUUUCAGACAGGGUGACCGUGAGAAGGAAUUAGGACUUCCCUUUUCUCCUCUCUGUGAUAGAACUAGCACUCUGGUAGCGGAGUCGCAAAUAGGGUUCAUUGACUUCAUAGUGGACCCCAGUUUCCAGAUGAUGUCCGAGAUGCUUGAAAAGGUUCUGACACCAUUACAUCGCCAACAGAACCAAAAUCCUAGUAACAUUGAUGAGGCUAUAUCAGAGGAAGUGUUUGACGACAAAAAGCAGGAUAAAAGUACAAGCACAACCAGCCUGCACUCCUUGGGUAGUCAACCAAGCACACCACGCACUCCCAUCUCGCCAGGUGGAAGAUAUCAGUUGAAAUGCCCAUGGACAACCUGUCUUACACAGAACAAGGUUCACUGGAAAGAUCGCGCAACUAAAGAUGCAGAGGAGAGGAAGAGAUUGGCAGCUUUACAGGAAGGUUCAGACAAAAAGGACACUAACCAAUUAAAUGCCUCAGAAAAUUGUAGUGAAAAAAACUUAAAAACACAAAAACUUGCAAACAACACCAAAAUACCAACGAGACAUGACAACACCAAUCUGGUCUCUAAUGAAGGUAAGAAUGACCAAUGAUACAGAAGAGGCACUGACCAAUGAUACAGAAGAGGAACUGACCAAUGAUACAGAAGAGGAACUGUUGUUGUGGUCAAAUAUUGUACACAGUUGGCAACGGAUACAGAGACAAUUGAUAUGUUGGCUUCCUUAUCAUCACUGCUUCCUUUGUACAAUGUCACCUCCAGUGUGACGGUAAUAUUUGCAGAACUUUUCUGGAGCUUCUACUGUGAUCUUUAUGUUUCUAGACUGGAGUGACUGUACCUGAUAUCUUCUUUUCAUCAAUAAUUACAUUGUGUAUGGUUCAGUGUGCCACUACAGGGAGACAAUGGAAUUAGUUGGUCUCCAUUCUAAAAUGAUGUGAAAUAUCUGUUGUUAACAUGCAUUAGUUUGAUAAACACAAACAUGUACACCAAUAAAACUGAACAUUCAUAGAUGUCAGCAAAACAACAUCUUGUUUUUAUAACUGAACAUCAAAAGAUGUCAGCAAAACAACAUGUUGUUUUUAUAACUGAACAUCAAUAGAUGUCAGCAAAACAACAUGUUGUACUCAUGACUGAACAUCAAUAGAUGUCAGCAAAACAAAUGUUGUACUCACAACUGAACAUCCAUAGAUGUCAGCAAAACAACAUGUACCUAUUACUGAACAUCCAUAGAUGUCAGCAAAACAACAUGUUGCACCUAUUACUGAACAUACAUAGAUGUCAGCAAAACAGCAUGUUGUAUUCAUAACUGAA